AUGGCGCUUCACGGCGGGACGCGUCGUUCCCCAGUUGGUCCAAAGCUGGUAAUGGCGUAUCUGCUGGUCAUCUUUUUAUCUUUGCUAGGACCGGGCGCGCAAUCCCAGACAGUCCAGCCAACCAAGAUUGAGGGCAAGCUGGUUUACAAGGACGCCCAUGUUCGGAAGAUCUGGUCGCUAGUCACUAUGAGUACUGGUGUCGUGUACACCCUUCCCAGCCAGCCAAUUGACGCCAGCUUGGGGAGCGCCAUCCCAGCGGGAAGCACUGUGUCGUUGAAUUGUAUCGCGGCUGCCAGCCAGCCCACAAACUGCACCGCUACAACCGCAGCAAGGAUCACUACGAGUGCGGCGCCUGUCCCGACCACCGACUUAAAGAUCAAGCUCCUCGUGAUGGUUUUGAGCCUCACUGGAACCUGCACAAAGACAGGGGCCACAGUCACUUCUGUACAGACAGCGUACACCAGUCCGACUGGCUACGCCAACUUCCUCCGCAAUUGCAGCUACGGCAAAGUUGUGUACGACACCGUGACGGUCGUCGCAACGCCCGUGGCAUGCAGCAGCACCAUUCUUAAUAACUGUAAUGAGGAUGCCAUGGCAACAGCGGCCAAGGCGUCGGUAACUGCACAGAGAGGAGCAAGCUUCCUGAACAGCUUCACCCACUUCUCCUACGUGCUGCCCAACGGCAUGGUAAACACAUGCGGCUGGGUGGGUUUGGCGGAGCUGCCCGGAACUCAGACCUGGUACACCCCGGACCAGGAUGGCAUCUUCGACAAAGGCACGGUAAUGCAGGAGAACAUCCAUAAUCUCAACAUUUACCAUGGGUGGAAGGCCGGGGUCGAGUACAACGACUACUCUACCUCCAUGGGAAUGGGUCAGAGCUGCCCCUCAGCCCCAGAGCUUUGGCGCCUGGGCUGGGCAACCGUCCUGGACCUGCUUAACUCCAAUAACUUCCCCGCCAAUGCCUUCAAAACGUACACCCUGCCGGCUACUUCAGCGUCUUCAAUGGGCAACAUGAUCAAGUUGCAGACUGACUGGAUGCCGUCAUACACAAAGAAUGUAUACUUGGCCCUGCGCACCAUUGGAGGUGGCGACCAAGAUCUGAAGGCUGAAUUCGACCGGAAGGUAAACAUCCACGAGCUCAACAAAGACAUCGACAACAACUUCAUGGCGAGGGGUGAUCCAAGAGUCACAAUCAUUGGCACUGUUGCGGCCUCAAGCUCUAUGGACCUGCCUGCCUACAAAUUGUUCAUCCGUACCGGAGUCCUCCUGGAGUCUGGAACCAAGAUAGUGGUCAAGGUGUGCCGAUACACGGCAUCGAGCAGCGCCUGUCAGGACGCAGCCCAGGCGUCGCCUCCGCCACCAAGCCCGCCACCGCCUACUGUGGUCAAGAAGUCCCCGCCGCCGCCGCCGCCGGUUAAGAAGUCCCCGCCGCCGCCGCCGCCGCCGCCCCCGCCGAGUCCGCCGCCACCCAGCUCGCCCAAUAAGUCGCCGCCGCCCCCACCCAAUAAGUUCAAGAAGUCGCCGCCGCCCCCACCCCCACCAACCCCACCCCCACCAGCCCCACCCCCACCUGCAUCAAAGAAGUCUCCCCCGCCCCCACCCCCGGGAACAAGGAAGUCGCCACCACCGCCGCCAAAGAGGAAGUCAUCACCACCACCACCACCCGAUGCUCCACCGCCGAUUGAAGAAGCCCCUCCGCCUGAUUACUCUAGCCCUCCAUCUGGCGGUGGCGAUGCACCGCCACCGUAUGAUGCACCGCCCCAAAGUUGGGCCUAAGGAAAUUGCCUUGGAAGUUGCAGAUACGAAGAUGUUAAUGCUUAUUGCUUGCCUCCACAUGUUGUGGCGAUAAGAUAAUUUUGUGUAUACAUGAUACAUGUAUUAUGUGGUGCAUGAGCACCUAUUGAUCCAUCGGGUUCAGAGCUGGUCCGACGAGGCUUCAUGCCGUACAUAAAGCAUCAAAAGGUGUUCAUCACCUUGAUUGCGGCAGAGCGAGUCGCGCGUAUUUGGAAGGUGGAUACCUCUUAAUGCCCACGUGUGUCACUUCCUGCACGCCAAGUCUACAGCAUUUCUAUUCUGGUCGUACAUUUCCUGGAUUUGCAUGUCCAUCCGUCCAUUAAGUAGAUUGCCUCUAUAGCGUGUCAGCCAUAAAAUUCAUCGCAUUGCGUAUCCAUGCGUGCCUUGGUAAUAUGACAAGGGUUUUCAGAAAGGAGGGCAGCAGCGCGCAACAGCACAGAGUAUGUGCAUGUGCGCGAACGUUCUCGACUAGCCACAGAAUUGAUGAUUGCAGGAAUGUUAACCGUUAAGUUAAAUUGUGCGACUCGGGUCGGCGAGUGAGAUGAGGGCAAGAUGAUGGCGAGACGCUUGCAGCUGGUGGUGGCUGGUGGUGGUGCACUGUUAUUAAAACAAAUUCUGUAGCAGUAUCCACUUCAAUGUCGUAUCCUUACACGCCAUACCCACUUCAAUGCCGUACCCAUUUAAAUGUCGUAGCCCCG